AUGACUAUCGCACCGAUCUCAUCAAUCCUUCGCCAGAAUGUUUCCUCUACCAUCCUCAACCCACACUCGAUCGCCCGUCAAUUUUCUUCCUCAUCGCAGAACUUGACUAAGGUUGCUAUCUUGGGUGCAGCUGGAGGGAUCGGACAGCCCUUGAGUUUGUUGAUGAAGCAGAGUUCUCUGGUAUCCGAGCUCGCUUUAUACGACGUCCGAGGAUCCCCUGGUGUCGCAGCAGAUGUGUCUCACGUUAAUACCCCUUCCACGUGUAAAGGUUACUUGCCCGAUGCUCAAGGACUUGAGAAGGCCUUAGAUGGUGCCCAGAUUGUCUUGGUCCCCGCCGGUGUUCCUCGAAAGCCUGGAAUGACUCGUGACGAUUUGUUCAACAUGAAUGCAUCGAUUGCUGCCGACUUGGCAACUGCAGCUGCCAAAGUCUGCCCCAAAGCUCAUAUGUUAAUUAUUGCCAAUCCCGUGAACUCGACAGUUCCAAUCGUUGGUGAAGUGUUCAAGAAACAUAACGUAUUCGACCCAAAACGAUUAUUUGGUGUGACUACACUCGAUGUCGUGAGAGCCUCCGCGUUCUUGUCAAGCAUCGCGAAAUCGCACCCCAACGACACCAACGUUCAAGUAAUUGGUGGACACUCGGGUGUAACCAUCGUGCCCUUACUUUCGCAAACCACUCAGGGAAAGUCAGUCACCGGAGAAGCCUACAAGGCACUUGUCAAGCGCAUCCAAUUUGGUGGGGACGAAGUUGUACAGGCCAAGGAUGGCGCUGGUUCAGCCACCUUAUCGAUGGCUUACGCCGCUGCCGUUUUCACCGAGUCGUUGAUGAAAGCUCUUGGAGGCGCUAAAGGAAUCGUCGAGCCUACGUUUGUCAAGAGCCACCUGUACGAGAAAGAGGGCGUCGAGUACUUCGCUUCUAACGUAGAACUUGGACCUGAGGGUGUCGGAAAGAUCUUGCCAAUUGGAUCGGUCUCCAACGAAGAACAAGAGUUGAUCAAUGCCUGCUUGCCCGAAUUGAAAAAGAACAUCGAAAAAGGUGUUAAAUUUGUUCAAGGUCGACAAUAA